UCUUCUUGCUUUCGACGUGUCACAAAAAGAAAUUGUAAAGUAAGCACAGUUUAGCAACAUUGUUUAGUUUUCGCGUGUGUAAAGACGAAUAAUAGCAAUACAUUUAGCUACAAUUAACGUACAUACGGCGGCAAGAUGGUUUUGGCAGAUCUGGGACGCAAGAUAACAACGGCGCUGCAUUCGCUCAGCAAAGCCACAGUUAUCAAUGAGGAGGCACUGGGUGCGAUGCUCAAAGAGAUAUGCGCUGCACUUCUAGAGGCUGAUGUCAAUAUUAGGCAGGUGAAACAGCUGCGCGAAAAUGUGCGUGCCGUAAUUGACUUCGACGAGAUGGCUGGCGGUCUCAACAAGCGCCGCAUGAUACAAUCCGCUGUGUUCAAAGAGCUAAUCAAGCUGGUGGACCCAGGCGUGAAGCCUUAUCAGCCCGUCAAAGGCAAAGCCAAUGUGAUUAUGUUUGUGGGCCUGCAAGGCUCUGGCAAAACGACCACAUGCACCAAGCUAGCCUAUCACUACCAGAAGCGCAACUGGAAAUCGUGUCUGGUGUGCGCAGAUACCUUUCGUGCUGGCGCCUACGAUCAGAUUAAACAGAAUGCAACCAAGGCACGCAUACCCUUCUACGGCAGCUAUACGGAAAUUGAUCCUGUGGUCAUUGCGCAAGAGGGCGUGGACAUGUUCAAGCGCGAAGGCUUCGAAAUGAUUAUUGUGGAUACAUCGGGAAGACACAAGCAGGAAGAGUCUCUGUUCGAGGAGAUGUUGGCGGUAGCCAAUGCUGUGAGUCCCGACAACAUUAUUUUCGUUAUGGACGCCACCAUUGGACAGGCUUGCGAGGCGCAAGCAAAGGCCUUCAAGGAGAAAGUAAACAUUGGUUCUGUGAUUAUCACGAAACUGGACGGACACGCCAAGGGUGGCGGUGCUCUCUCUGCUGUGGCGGCCACACAGUCGCCUAUCAUUUUCAUCGGCACCGGCGAGCACAUAGAUGAUCUGGAGCCCUUCAAGACGAAACCAUUCGUUAGCAAGCUGCUUGGCAUGGGCGAUAUUGAGGGUCUGAUAGACAAGGUCAAUGAGCUAAAGCUGGAUGGAAACGAGGAGCUGCUGGAGAAGAUCAAACACGGCCACUUUACCAUACGCGACAUGUACGAACAGUUCCAGAACAUCAUGAAGAUGGGUCCAUUCUCACAGAUUAUGAACAUGAUACCAGGCUUCUCGCAGGACUUUAUGACCAAGGGAGGCGAGCAGGAGUCUAUGCUGCGCAUCAAACGCAUGAUGACUAUGAUGGACAGCAUGUCCGACGGCGAGCUGGACAACCGGGACGGCGCCAAGCUAUUUAGCAAGCAGCCCACACGCUGCAUUCGCGUUGCCCAUGGUGCCGGCGUUGUGGAGCGCGAAGUUAAGGAACUAAUCGCUCACUACACAAAAUUCGCAGCAGUGGUGAAGAAGAUGGGCGGCGUCAAGGGCCUGUUCAAACAAGGGGACAUGACUAAGAAUGUGAAUCCCACACAAAUGGCGAAGCUGAACCAACAGAUGGCCAAGAUGAUUGAUCCACGGAUGCUUCAGCAAAUGGGCGGCGUUGGUGGACUACAGAACAUGAUGCGACAAUUGCAACAGGGCGCCGCGGGUGGCCUUGGCGGACUGGGGAACCUCAUGGGCGGCUUUGGCGGCAAGUGAGGCGGGUUUUUUGUAUAAUUCUUUGUUUUUUAUAUAGUUCGGUCCUUAGCAUUAAUUUGUUAACGGUUUACAAAACGGUCGUUUGCAUGGAAUCUUUCCAUAUUGCGUAAUCCAAAUUCAAAUUCCAACUCGUGAUCAACAGCAAGAGAAAAACGAAUACACACGUAUAUGCAACAGAAACAAAUCAGUUAACAAUUAAAUUCAAUAACGGUGGUCUUCAGUUUGCACUUGCAGCUUGUUGCAGUGCAGCCGAGCUGUAAGUGAGGAUUAAUAAGUGCUUCAGUAUAGUCCACUUGAAAUGAAAAUAAAUAUCAUCAAAAAUAA